CAGAGAUCAGACGCCUAGAACCUGAUGAUGUCACUGCCAGGUCCACUCCCCCUCCCCACCCCUCCCUGAUCAGUGAGCCCUGUCCAAAUCUGACUUAAAAUGUCAGGGGCUGCACGGAUAUAUGCAAACCCAAGGCACUGAAGGGGAAAGGAAAGAGCUUCUAACACCAUGUGGCGUCAUGGCAAAGCUGCUCUCAGUAGUCCCCCCCACACCUGCUGCUGGGCGAACUUCCACUGGUGUCUCAAGUCAGCAGCCUGCCUGAGGUCCCAGCAUUGGCGAGCAGCAGAGUCGGGAGCUUGGCUGCGUGGCGGAGCUGAUGCCUUCUUCCUUCUGGGUCUCAGCUCUCACAUCUGAGAAAUGGGAAUGAUAAUGUCCCCCAGGAUGAUGGCAAAGGCUGACAUAAUGAUAACUCCUGAAGCACAUGCCCUCUACACGGCACCUGCUGAUCCAUGAUGCUCAGAUCCACUCAGACUCGGAUGAGGGAGAUGGGGCCAUCAAGUAUACCAUCUCAGGCGAGGGUGCUGGGACCAUCUUUCUGAUCGACGAGCUGACAGGUGACAUCCACGCCAUGGAACGCCUGGACCGCGAGCAGAAAACUUUCUACACGCUGCGAGCCCAAGCCCGGGACCGUGCCACCAACCGCCUGCUGGAGCCCGAGUCUGAAUUCAUCAUCAAGGUGCAGGAUAUCAAUGACAGCGAGCCUCGUUUCCUGCACGGCCCCUAUAUCGGCAGCGUGGCUGAGCUCUCACCCACAGGCACGUCGGUGAUGCAGGUGAUGGCCUCUGACGCGGACGACCCCACCUACGGGAGCAGCGCUCGGCUGGUAUACAGCGUGCUCGAUGGCGAACAACACUUCACAGUGGACCCCAAGACUGGUGUGAUCCGGACGGCAGUGCCUGACCUUGACCGAGAGAGCCAGGAGCGCUAUGAGGUGGUGAUUCAGGCCACAGACAUGGCCGGACAGCUGGGCGGCCUCUCGGGCUCCACGACCGUCACCAUCGUGGUCACCGAUGUCAACGACAACCCACCUCGAUUCCCGCAGAAGAUGUACCAGUUCAGCAUCCUGGAGUCAGCCCCCAUCGGCACGGCUGUGGGCCGCGUGAAGGCCGAGGACUCGGACGUGGGCGAGAACACAGACAUGACAUACCACCUGAAGGAAGAGACCGGCAGCGGCGCCGUGUUCAAGGUCACCACAGACAGCGACACUCAGGAGGCCAUCAUUGUGGUGCAGAAGCGCCUGGACUUCGAGUCCCAGCCCGUGCACACCGUGGUCCUGGAAGCCCUCAACAAGUUCGUGGACCCCCGCUUCUCCGACCUAGGCACGUUCCGCGACCAGGCGAUCGUGCGCGUGGCCGUGACCGACGUGGACGAGCCCCCCGAGUUCCGGCCGCCCUCCGGCCUCCUGGAGGUGCAGGAGGACGCGCAGGUGGGCUCCCUGGUCGGCGUGGUGACGGCGCGGGACCCCGACGCCGCCAACCGGCCCGUCCGGUACGCCAUCGACCGCGAGUCGGACUUGGACCAGGUCUUCGAUAUUGAUGCAGACACAGGUGCCAUCGUGACCGGCAAGGGGCUGGACCGGGAGACUGCCGGCUGGCACAACAUCACUGUGCUGGCCAUGGAAGCAGACAACCAUGCCCAGCUCUCCCGGGCAUCCCUGAGGAUCCGAAUCCUGGACGUGAAUGACAACCCCCCUGAGCUGGCCACGCCCUACGAGGCUGCUGUGUGCGAAGAUGCCAAGCCCGGCCAGCUCAUCCAGACCAUCAGCGUGGUCGACCGGGAUGAGCCCCAGGGUGGGCACCGCUUCUACUUCCGCCUGGUACCUGAAGCUCCCAGCAACCCUCACUUCUCUCUGCUCGACAUCCAAGACAAUACGGCCGCAGUGCACACGCAGCAGGUCGCCUUCAACCGGCAGGAACAGGACGUCUUUUUCCUGCCCAUCCUGGUGGUAGACAGCGGGCCACCCAGCCUGAGUAGCACAGGCACUCUGACCAUCCGCAUCUGUGGCUGUGACAGCUCGGGUGCCAUCCAGUCCUGUAACGCCACGGCCUUCGUCAUGGCAGCCUCCCUCAGCCCCGGUGCCCUCAUCGCCCUCCUGGUCUGUGUCCUCAUCCUGGUCGUGCUGGUGCUGCUCAUCCUCACGCUGCGGCGCCAUCACAAGAGCCACCUGAGCUCGGAUGAAGACGAAGACAUGCGAGACAAUGUCAUCAAAUACAACGACGAAGGUGGCGGCGAGCAAGACACUGAGGCCUACGACAUGUCGGCGCUGCGGAGCCUCUACGACUUCGGCGAGCUCAAAGGCGGGGACGCUGGCGGCGGCGGGCCUGUGGGCGCGGGUGGCAGUGCGGGCAGCUCCCCGCAGGCCCGGCUGCCCUCGGAGCGUCACGCGCUGCCGCAGGAGCCACCCAGCCCAGAGCCGGACUUCUCGGUGUUCAGGGACUUCAUCAGCCGCAAGGUGGCACAGGCCGACGGGGACCUGUCGGUGCCGCCCUACGACGCCUUCCAGACAUACGCCUUCGAGGGCGCGGACUCGCCGGCCGCCUCGCUCAGCUCGCUGCACAGCGGCUCGUCCGCCUCGGAGCAGGACUUCGCCUAUCUCAGCAGUUGGGGCCCGCGGUUCCGGCCCCUGGCCGCCCUCUACGCCGGCCACCGGGCCACCGACGAUGAGGCCCCAGCCUCCUAGCCCCAUCCCCAGCCAUGGGACUGGACACCUUCCCCAAGCCCCCUACCUCCCCGACCCUCCUUGGGCAACCGGAUGGGAAGGGACCGUGGCCAAGAGCAGACCCUCAGACCCGCCCGUCCCCUCCGGGGUAGGGUCGCACAGCUCUGGAGACCUGAAGGGCGAGAAUUCCGUCCAAUGUCAUUAAAGCUGAGGCGACACCA